AUGAAAGCAAUUAUACAAAGAGUUAAAAGUUCAUCUGUAACAGUAGAGGGUGAAGUUAUAUCAGAGAUUAAACAAGGACUUAUGUGUUUAAUUGGUAUUGGGAGAGAUGAUACCAAAGAGGAUGCUGAGUACAUCACCAGAAAGAUAUUAAAUUUACGUCUUUGGAAAAAUGAAGAUGGCACAAAGAAUUGGGAUAGAAGUGUCCAACAAAUGGACUAUGAAAUUUUAUUCGUAAGUCAAUUCACACUCUUUGCUCAAUUAAAAGGAAAUAAACAAUCCUAUCAUCUUGCUAUGGCUCCAGAAUUAUCAAAACAAUUUUAUUUAGAUUUUUUAGAAAAUGCUAAAAAAUCUUAUAAACCUGAAAAAAUUAAAGAUGGAAGAUUUGGAGCAAUGAUGGAUGUUCAAUUAAUUAAUGAUGGUCCUGUUACUAUUCAAUUAGACUCUAAAGAGAAAUAA